GAAUCAGAACCAGAGGAGUCAAGAUAAAUCAAGGACUUUGAUAUACUGUUCGCAGGUUUUUAAAACGUGGAAAAAUGAUUCUWGUGUUUGUUGUCUUGACCGUCAUUCUCAAUGAAGGACUGUCAGCUGAAUAUAAAAAGGUUGGCUGCUUCAAAGAUCAUGAUGAACCUAGACGAGCCCUUCGUGCUCACUUGUCUGAUGGUUCUGGAUCAGUAGUUAAAUGCGCAAGAGAAGCAAAGGCAAGGGGCUUUACCGUAUUUGGACUUCAAAAUGGCGGUGAAUGCUGGUCUGGAAAGGGGAAUUAUGCCAAGUAUGGUAGAGGUGAAGGAUGCAAAGAUGGCCUUGGUGGUUCGUGGCGGAAUGAUGUCUACAAAUUCCCGGUUGCAGAGUACAAGGGCUGCUUUAAUUCCUACACCUUGUUAGAUGUUUUGGAACUCCACCAUGCCAUAAAGUCGUCAUCAGCUCAAAAAUACGACUACAAACACGCCCGCAUCGACUGCGAGAAUCUGGCCAAAUCCAGAAACGCCGUUGGCUUUGCUAUACAGUGGGAGAGUUUGCUGAGCGGGUUUUUUGGAACUCGGCUGUGCUACACGAUUUCAUCAGGAGAUAAGCCUAGCCGUUUUGGAAAGCAUUCUUUAAUAGCAAAAUGCGAUAAAAAUCGUCUUGGUGGAUACCGUCUUAUGAGUGUCUACCUGUUCAAAUAGCUGGAUCAUGCACCAAGACGAUGACACGAUCAAUACCAUGGAACAAAAGACUUGAAAGUGAUCGAUCUAAUAGUUGUAGAAUUUAGUAUAAUGAGAAAUAAAGUGGAAUUAAAAAAUACACCAUUCCA